AUGACCAAAGCCACUCAGAUGUACAACCAAGCAUCGUCUUUGAUUCUGAAAGCUCCUGAUGCUCAAAAAGGUCCGCUUAAUUAUUGCAUGGCUCGUUAUAAUUCCGCGAUUGUUGAUAUCGAUGCAGCUGGUAAUUUUUUUAGAUCCAAGAAUUAUGUUAAACUCAACAAAAUAAGUAUUAGAAUUGCAAGUGAUGCAAACAAAUGUGAAGGUUCGUUCAAGUAUUCUCCCUCGAAUCCAUCUCCAAUAACGCAGCAGAAUAGAGAUUUCUAUAAUUUGGUCGAUGUGCUAACAGCUACUUCUUAUCUUCUUAGUCAUUGA